UGUUUUAAUCGGCUCAGCCCUCAUGCUUUAUGGUGUUCCUAUCUCCUCUGAAUGGUUCAGUUUUGUACUUUGCCGGCUUUUCUGGUACCACCAGAAUACUUCUACCCCACCAGCUCAUUGCUGCAAAUCAGUUGCUGAUCGAACUAAGCCAGGGUUUGUAAGGUGAAAGCACAGUCAGUGUACAUGAGAUGCCCUUGAGGAAUUUCUUCUUGGAAGGGGAGGGCUUUGCUCCUGUAAGUUGUUGAGUAUCUUGGCUUAUGAGAGUUGUUUCCAACUGGUGUGAGGAGACAUAAUAGAUCAUUUCUACAACUGUCGCCACAGCAAGCUUAGCAUCAUCACGUUUCCUCCCAGACCCCUCUGUGUCCCAUUGUCUCCCUGCUGCACUAUCCCCCAUUGGCUCCCCACAACUGAAGUCCUCUUCUUCUGCUGCUUCCUCCAUUCUUUCUGCCAAUUCUCUGCCUCAGGCUCUGCUGCAUUCCCCUUUCCUUUGUAGGAGAAAGAGAUCUCCUCUAAGGCAAGAACUUAAAUUCCUCGAGUGUGCACUGUUCUUCCGUAUUACUCACUGAAUUUCUUGAGCGGGACUGUUGCCUUCUGUGUGUUUCUCACCUUGGCAUGAUAGUUGGUACAUUGGGGUGCCUCUGUGGAUUUGCGCUGAACGUGUUAAAAUGAAUGAGUUCACUGUCAAGAAACCCACUGUUUUUAAGAUCUGCUGUACAGCCACCUGUCCAUACCUUAUCUAGAGGACGUGAAAAAUUUGCAAGUUUUAUUCCCAGGAAGUGGGAAUAAAACCGAGGGAGAGCAGGUGGACAGGAUCAGUACAGAACAGUGGUAAGGAUGUGGCUCUGGAAAGAAGCCCAGCUCUUUCAGUUACUUGCAGGAUGAACUUGGACAAAUUACCUAGCUUCCCAGAACCUUAGUUUCCUCAUCUGCAAAAUGGGGUAAUCACAGUACCCACUAUGAUCAAAUUUGGGGAAGUUAAAAGUUUUUAAGUUAAUUUGUAAAAUGUUUAACACAGUGUCUGACACGUAACAAGUAUUCACUAAGUGCUAGCAGUUGUCCUAAUGGGAGCUGUGAGAAUAGGCAAGGAUGUUUAGGAAUGGGACUGAACUUAAUUGAAGACAGAACCAUAAUUGAUGCAAAGAGAAGGAUCACUGAUCCAGAAAGAUGCCAGAUUCAAGGGAGUGAGGCAAGGCGUCAGAGCGAGGUCAGCCUGUUCCAAUGUAUUUCGACUCUGUUCAGGAACAUGCAGGCAAACACAGAAAGACAUGUGCAGAGACACACGUGAUCACCCCAGUGAUACAGAGGCAGACCCAGACAAAAGACCGAGACAGGAGCCAGGCAGACACACAGACAGAAACAGCCCCGUGGAGUCAUGUAGACAGGGAUAAUGACAGGAACGCGUCAGACACAGGCACUGAGGGAGACGAGAUGAGCAGAUAUGCAGGUGCACACAAGAGACAGACAGCCGGACCCACACACAGCCGACCUUGUCAGACAGACUGGUGAACACAGCGCCCAGUCAGAGGCAGACACAAGGCCCGCAGUGACACAGAGCGGGCCAAGGCCAGCACUGUCACUCCUCGGCGGGGGGCGGAGAGGGGCCGUCCGCGGGGAAGGCUGGGGAAGGGAAUCCCGGGCGGGCGGCCUGCCCGGGUGGCUGAGUCACCGCAGCGCCUCCGCCGGCGGCCCUGCUGCCCCCCACCCCCGCCUCGCCUUCUCCCAGGUUGUUACUGAGGCGGAGACACGGGUGAUGAUUGGCUUUCUGGGGAGAAAGGAAGUCCUGUGAUUGGCUAGAUCUCUGGAGCUUACCAACGCUGAGAGAGGACGCUCCCACCCGGGCCGGUAUCGGCUGUGGAGGGUCAGGGGCACUGUUGUCAGAGUGGCUGGAGCCGGACCAUCCUCCCAGAGAACUGGGGCAGGGGGCCGUGCUCGAUCUCCAGGGCUCCUGGGGCCACUGCUGACCUGGCUGGAUGCAUCGGGCAGUGGACCCUCCAGGGGCCCGCGCUGCUCGGGAAGCCUUUGCCCUUGGGGGCCUGAGCUGCUCUGGGGCUUGGAGCUCCUGCCCGCCCCAUCCCCCUCCUCGUAGUGCAUGGCUGCCUGGAGGCAGAUGCUCAGCCAGUAUUGGGCAGCCCCCCAUCCCAGCACCCCUACCCCCUUCACAUGGCAGUAGCUCUGGGCACCCCAACAAACCAUAUUAUGCUCCAGGGACGCCUACCCCAAGGCCCCUCCAUGGGAAGCUGGAAUCCCUGCACGGCUGUGUACAGGCGCUGCUCCGGGACCCGGUGCAGCCGGGGCUGUGGGAACAGCUCGGGCAGCUGUAUGAGUCCGAGCAUGACAGUGAGGAGGCCACUCGCUGCUACCACAGCGCCCUUCGCUAUGGGGGGAGCUUUGCUGAGUUGGGACCCCGCAUUGGACGACUGCAGCAGGCCCAGCUCUGGAACUUUCAUGCUGGCUCCUGCCAACACCGAGCCAAGGUCCUGCCCCCACUGGAGCAAGUGUGGAACUUGCUGCACCUUGAGCACAAGCGGAACUAUGGGGCCAAGCGAGGAGGUCCUCCAGUGAAGCGAGCUGCUGAACCCCCGGUGGUGCAGCCUGUGCCUCCUGCCACACUGUCAGGCCCCUCAGGGGAAGAGGGCCUUAGCCCUGGAGGCAAGCGCAGGAGAGGCUGCAGCUCUGAGCAGACUGGCCUUCCCCCUGGGCUGCCGCUGCCUCCACCACCAUUACCGCCACCACCGCCGCCACCGCCACCGCCACCACCAUCCCUCUCUUGCCUGGCUGCCAGCCCCCCAUUUCAGCUGACAAAGCCAGGGCUGUGGAAUACCCUGCAUGGAGACAGCUGGGCCCCUGAGCGCAAGGGUUCAGGACCCCCAGAGCGCCAGGAGCAGCGGCACUCCCUGCCUCACCCGUACCCAUACCCAGCUCCAGCCUAUGCCACGCAUCCUCCCCCCAGCCACCGGCUGGUCCCGGCUGCACCCCCAGGCCCCGGUCCCCGCCCCCCAGGAGCAGAGAGCCAUGGCUGCCUGCCUACAACCCGUCCCCCCGGAAGUGACCUUAGAGAGAGCAGAGUUCAGAGGUCGCGGAUGGACUCCAGUGUUUCACCAGCAGCAACUACCGCCUGCGUGCCUUACGCCCCUUCCCGGCCCCCUGGCCUCCCUGGCAUCACCACCACCACCAGCAGUAGCAGCAGCAGCAGCAGCAGCACCGGUCUCCGGGGUGUGGAGUCGAGCCCAGGCCUCCCUGGCGCCGACCAUUACCAAACUCCCGCACUGGAGGUCUCCUCUCACCAGGGCCGCCUGGGGCCCUUGGCACACAGCAGUCGGAAACCGUUUCCGGCGGCUCCCACUGCCACGUCCCACCUGCCCCUGCCACCGGGGCCUUCGACACCCCCCCCACCCCACUGUCCUCGCCUCUUGCGUCCCCCACCACCACCUUCCUGGCUGAAGGGCCCGGCCUGCCGGGGAGCCCGAGAAGAUGGAGAGAUCUUGGAGGAGCUCUUCUUUGGGGCUGAAGGACCCCCCCGCCCUCCCCCACCAUCCCUUCCCCCUCGUGAGGGCUUCUUGGGGCCUCCAGCUCCCCGCUUCUCUGUGGGCACUCAGGAUUCGCACACGCCUCCCACUCCCCCAGCCACCAGCAGUAGCAGCAGCAGCAGUCACAGCAGCAGUCACAGCAGCAGCCCCACCGGGCCUGUGCCCUUCUCCCCUCCUCCCUAUCUGCCCAGAAGUGGGGAGCCCCUUCCCCAGCCCCCCAGCCCGACACUGAGCCCCCAGGACGCACCUCUUCCGCCCCUGACCCUCGCCCUACCUCCUGUUCCUCCCUCCUCCUGCCACCAAAAUACCUCAGGAAGCUUCAGGCACUCGGAGAGCCCACGGCCUGGGGUCUCCUUCCCAAAGACCCCCGAGGUGGAGCCGGGGCCACUCCCGGGCCCCCUGAGUAAAGCCCCUCAGCCCGUGCCGCCUGGGGUUGGGGACCUGCCCGCUCGAGGCCCACAACUGUUUGAUUUCCCCCCAACCCCGCUGGAGGACCAGUUUGAAGAACCAGCUGAGUUCAAGAUCCUACCCGAUGGGCUGGCUAACAUCAUGAAGAUGCUGGAUGAAUCCAUCCGAAAGGAGGAGGAGCAGCAGCAGCAGGAGGCGGGAGUGGUCCCCCAGCCCCCCCUGAAGGAGCCCUUCGCAUCUCUGCAGCCUGCGUUCCCUGCCGACACAGCCCCGGCCACCACUGCUGCCACCACUACUGCUGACGCCACCACCACCAUCACCACCACCGCCACUGCCGCCGUCGCCACCAUUGCAACUGCCAGUGCCACCACCCAGGAAGAGGAAAAGAAGCCACCACCAGCCCUGCCCCCACCGCCACCUCUAGCCAAGUUCCCGCCACCCUCCCAGCCGCAGCCCCCACCGCCCGGCGCCCCUCCGCCAGCCAGCCCGGCCAGCCUGCUCAAAUCCUUGGCCUGUGUGCUGGAAGGACAGAAGUACUGUUACCGGGGGAGCGGAGCGGCGGUGUCCACCCGGCCCGGGCCCGUGUCCACCAGUCAGUAUUCCCCCGGCCCCCCAUCAGGUGCUACUGCCCCGCCACCCGCCUCAGUGGCCCCCAGUGCCCAGGGCUCCCCACAGCCCUCUGCUUCCUUGUCAUCUCAGUUUUCUACCUCAGGCGGGCCCUGGGCCCGGGAGCACAGGGCGGGCGAGGAGCCGGCCCCGGGGCCUGCGACCCCCGCCCAGCCACCCCCACCCCUGCCACUGCCGCCUGCUCGCUCCGAGUCUGAGGUGCUAGAGGAGAUCAGUCGGGCGUGCGAGACUCUGGUGGAACGGGUGGGCCGGAGUGCCACGGACCCAGGAGACGCGGUGGACACCGCGGGCCCGCUGGACAGUGCCACCGAGCGGCCGCCGCCGCCGCCGCCGCCCGCAGCGGUCAAGGAGGAGAGCGGUGCUGUGCCGGCGGCCCCGGGGCCUGGCGGCGGCAAGAGGUGCCCGAAGGAGCACCGGAGGCACAGGCGGGCCUGUAAGGACGGAGCGGGCCGGCGGCCCCGGGAGGGCAGGGCCAAGGCCAGAGCCCCCAAAGAGAAGAGCCGACGGGUGCUGGGCAACCUGGACCUGCAAAGCAAGGAGAUUCAAGGUCGGGAGAAGGCGCGGCCCGAGCUCGGCGGGGCCUCCAAGGCCAAGCCGCCGCCGCCGCCGCCGCCGCCCGCCGCGCCCGCCCUCCCGCCAGCCCCUGCCCCUGCCGCCCAGCCCGCACCCGCGCCAGCCCCUGCGCCCGGGAGGAGGACCAGAGAGGACGCCCCGGGGCCUCCGGGCGUCAGCCGCGCCGACAUGCUCAAGCUGCGCUCGCUGAGUGAGGGGCCCCCCAAGGAGCUGAAGAUCCGCCUCAUCAAGGUGGAGAGCGGGGACAAGGAGACCUUCAUCGCCUCCGAGGUGGAGGAGCGGCGGCUGCGCAUGGCAGACCUCACCAUCAGCCACUGCGCCGCCGACGUGGUGCGCGCCAGCAAGAACGCCAAGGUGAAAGGGAAGUUUCGGGAGUCCUACCUUUCUCCUGCCCAGUCUGUGAAACCGAAGAUCAACACCGAGGAGAAGCUGCCGCGGGAAAAACUCAACCCUCCCACACCCAGCAUCUAUCUGGAAAGCAAGCGAGAUGCCUUCUCCCCGGUGCUGCUGCAGUUCUGCACGGACCCUCGGAACCCCAUCACCGUGAUCCGGGGCCUGGCAGGGUCCCUGCGGCUCAACUUGGGCCUCUUCUCCACUAAGACGCUAGUGGAGGCAAGUGGGGAGCACACUGUGGAGGUGCGCACCCAGGUCCAGCAGCCCUCAGAUGAAAACUGGGACCUGACUGGCACACGACAGAUCUGGCCCUGUGAGAGCUCGAGGUCCCACACCACCAUCGCCAAGUACGCGCAGUACCAGGCUUCAUCCUUCCAGGAGUCCCUGCAGGAGGAGAAGGAGAGUGAGGAUGAGGAGUCAGAGGAGCCAGACAGCACCACCGGAACCCCUCCGAGCAGCAGUGCGCCAGACCCGAAGAACCAUCAUAUCAUCAAGUUUGGCACCAACAUCGACCUGUCUGACGCCAAGCGGUGGAAGCCGCAGCUGCAGGAGCUGCUGAAGCUGCCUGCCUUCAUGCGGGUAACAUCCACAGGCAACAUGCUCAGUCACGUGGGCCACACCAUCCUGGGCAUGAACACUGUGCAGCUCUACAUGAAGGUCCCGGGCAGCCGGACGCCAGGCCACCAGGAGAACAACAAUUUUUGCUCUGUCAAUAUUAACAUUGGCCCGGGAGACUGCGAAUGGUUCGCAGUGCAUGAGCACUACUGGGAGACCAUCAGCGCCUUCUGUGAUCGGCAUGGUGUGGACUACCUGACGGGUUCUUGGUGGCCUAUCCUGGAUGACCUCUAUGCUUCCAACAUCCCUGUGUACCGCUUCGUGCAGCGCCCGGGAGACCUGGUGUGGAUCAACGCAGGGACCGUGCACUGGGUUCAGGCCACUGGCUGGUGCAACAAUAUCGCCUGGAACGUGGGGCCCCUCACUGCCUAUCAGUACCAGCUGGCCCUGGAACGGUAUGAGUGGAACGAGGUGAAGAACGUCAAGUCCAUCGUGCCCAUGAUUCACGUGUCCUGGAAUGUGGCUCGCACAGUCAAAAUCAGCGAUCCCGACUUGUUCAAGAUGAUCAAGUUCUGCCUCCUGCAGUCCAUGAAGCACUGCCAGGUGCAGCGGGAGAGCCUGGUGCGGGCAGGCAAGAAGAUCGCCUACCAGGGCCGUGUCAAGGACGAGCCUGCCUACUACUGCAACGAGUGUGAUGUGGAGGUGUUCAAUAUCUUGUUCGUGACAAGUGAGAACGGCAGCCGCAACACGUACCUGGUGCACUGCGAGGGCUGCGCGCGGCGCCGCAGCGCGGGCCUGCAGGGUGUGGUGGUGCUGGAGCAGUACCGCACGGAGGAGCUGGCGCAGGCCUACGACGCCUUCACGCUGGCCCCCGCCAGCUCGUCGCGAUGAGGCCGGACGGACGCCCGCCCUGGCAGGGCGACGCGGGCCACCAGCACAGCCGGGCCGACGUCGGUCCCGCCCGGCAGGGAAGGGGUCGGGCCCAGCCCUGCACCCCAUCGGCAGCUUCCUCACUUAAUUUAUUAAGGAAAGGUUUUUUAAACAAGAGGAAAAAAAGGAAAAAAGGGAGGCGGAGGGGCCGCAGCCCCGCCCCGCCCCCUCACCGACUUGGCCUUCAGCGACAGACACAAGGGCGGCGGGCGGCGGGCGGCGGGCGGCGGGCGGCGGGCGGCGCGGGGUCAACCGCAUACGGGUCCCUCCCGCCUGCCCGCCGGGCGCAGCUGCGCGGCCGCGGAUGUACAUAGACUGGCAGCGAGGUUUCAAUGAGAUUCUUCUAUGGGCUCCCCCACCCCGGACCCCGUUUUUUACUCCCGAUGCUAGCUGUGACCCUGUCCAUGUCUGUCUAUUCACUUGGUUAUGAUUUGUAUUUUUGUUCUUUUUGUUUUUGACUUUUAAUUUAUAACAGUCCCACUCACCUCUAUUUAUUCAUUUUUGGGAAAACCCGGCCUCUCCCGCACCCCUGCGCGCCCUGCCCUCCCGCCCGCCCGUGCCCGCCGCCCGCCCGGCCCCGCGGGCGCUCAUGGUGCUCAGACCGCUCCCCUCCUCCCCGACGCCUGCACUUUCUCGGACCAGACCCCACCCCGCCUCCCGACCCCGCCUGAGGGUGAGCGACUCCUGUACUGUAGGGGAGAAGUGGGAACUGAAAUGGUAUUUUGUAAAAAAUAAAUAAAGAAUAAAUAAAUAAAUACAUUUAAAAGUUUUAAAGGCAGAACUGUGAGGAGAAGGACCCAUCCCCAGCCAGGCCAGUGCUGAAGACCAGGCCUGCAGCCCGCCACCCCUUUUUGCUUUCAAGUGUGAACCAGCCCAGGGCCAGGGCCUCUCGGGGCAGGGGCACCCCGGCGCGCUUCCCGGUGUAUUUGGGGUGGGUUUUUCUCCCUGCUGGGCUGCGGAGGGGUGGGGGUUUACAGUCUCGCCCCUGGCACUGCACUGUCUCUCUGUCCCAGGGGCGGAGAGGUCUUCCCAAUCCUACCCCUAUUUUGGUGAUUUUUGUGUGAGAAUAUUAAUAUUGAAAAUAAAAGCAGAAAAACCCCUGUUUUGAUAA